UUCACGUUAGUGGUUAUAUAGAAUGUUUACAUUUUGAGUUUCGGAACUGAGCAUAUUGAUGAUGGAUUUAUCUGUACAAGUUGUUAAGAAAACCAAACGACAUACCCGAGCGGAACUUGAGCAACUUUCGAAUGAGCAAUUAGUCGAUAGAAUCGUCCAGCUUGAGUCGCAAAACUUUCAAUUAAAGAACAUCAUCCAGAAGGCAACCGGACCGAAGGAAGAGGUAUUUGCGAAACAUCAUGAGAAGCAUCGCAAAUUUGAUUUUUCGAAAUGUCACAAAAGGCACAUUUUGCUACGAUUUUUCUACCUAGGAUGGGACUACCAGGGCUACGCAACACAAGAGGAUUCUGCUAAUACGAUUGAACACCACUUAUUCAACGCAUUGAUUCGAGUAUGCCUGAUUGAAAAUCGGGAAUCGUCUAACUAUCAUCGUUGUGGUCGAACUGACAAGGGCGUCAGUGCAUUCCAUCAAGUUGUUAGCCUGGACGUGCGAUCAAAAUUUCCUCCCGAGAAUCAACUGCAACCAGAAGCGAUCACCGAUGAGCUCAACUAUUGUCAGUUGCUUAAUCGAGUGCUGCCGCAGGAUAUCCGCUGUGUCGCCUGGAUGCCCAUGGUAAAUCCCAACUACAGUGCUCGGUUUGAUUGCCGAUCCCGGACCUAUCGGUACUUUUUCCCACGGGGUGACCUCAACAUGGAGACAAUGAAAGAGGCAUGUCGGUAUCUGAUUGGGUCACAUGAUUUCCGAAAUCUGUGCAAAAUGGAUGUUGGAAACGGCGUUGUUACCUUCACUAGACGUGUUUACAGUGCCUGCAUUAGGGAAUCGGGGAAGGACAGUGAAGAAAGUGGUUACGAUAUGCUGUACUUCGAGCUUCGCGGAAACGCUUUUCUUUGGCAUCAGAUUCGGUGUAUCAUGGCUAUAUUACUUCUGGUCGGACAGGGUAAAGAGGAUUCCGAAAUAAUUAGGAGGUUACUCGAUGUGAACGAAAAUCCACGUAAACCUCAGUACAGUCUGGCAAACGAUCAGCCUUUGAAUUUAUACGAAUGCCAGUUUCGUCGAAAAGGGACAUUCGAUCCAAAACUCUUUGACAAAAACGCUCCAGUUGUCGAUGGUGAUCAUGAUGAGGUUGAUGGAGAAUCCGAGGUUCGGGAUUGGGUCUACGAAGAGGAGAGUCUUUCCAGAACCAUUGCAGAGCUUCAAGGACUGUGGGCUUCCAGCAGCAUCAAAUCAACCAUGUGUCGGGAGAUGCUGAAAUCACUGCAGACAAUACACGGCCAACAGUUUGAAAACCAGCCCAUGCCAAGUCUCCAAACUGCUAUUUUAUUACAAGGUGUUCAGCGAAAAGAGUACAUACCGCUGAUGGAUCGCGAGAAGUGUGAAAGUUUGGAGAACCGAAUUGAUCAUUACGCCAAGAAGCGGCGUAUUCAUGUGAGUGCUAAAGGGACCGACUGUGAGCGCGAGAACGAAGAAGGCUGAUUUACGUCAAGGUAACAGUAAAAUGUUACUGCCUGAAUGCAUUUUAAUCAUAUGCGGGAAUGCCGCUUCGUGCUAUUGUUAACUCUGAUCAGGGAUUACUUCAACUAGAAGGAAUUGAUGAACUGUAAUUGCGGAAUCAAAAGAGUGAAAUCUUUUAUUUACUGUAACAAUAAAGUUUUGUACACACUUGCUGAAUAA